AUGAUUUUCUCAUUCGUACUCGGGUUUAUGCAUACAACAUAAACAUUAAACAACCACCAAAGAAUCGACAGUCAUUGUUUUUUUUUUUCUCUAGUUUCUUUUUGAAGCCAAGAGAGAUAUUACUACAACAUUAAAAAAAUCAAAAACCUCUCUUGCUAAUUAUAUCAGCAGCUCCAAAUUUUUAUUGGCAUCUUGAGUUAAAGCUGGGUUCUCAGACUCAUUUUGAUCGAAGUGAUUUUGAGUCUAGUGAGCAUCAAUUUAUUUGAUAAGCAUAUUGUUGAUGGCGACUUCGGAUGCAGUUCUGCAAGUUUUGUCUGGGGCUGGUCCUCGCAGUUUCAGUUCUGACCUUUGUUUUAACAAUUUAGAUUUGGCAUUCCGUUCUAAGCAUAUAAAAUAUGUAAAGAAAAGGGCCUCAAGGCAUAUGAAAAUGCUCGAGUGUUCGAGUGUUCAGCAGAAUUGUAUAGGAAAACAUUGGUUUAAGAGAUCAGGUGACGGUGAUCUGUCUGUGAAUGCAACGAUCAAGAGACUGCAGCUUCUGAGGUGCAAAUGCCAGAAGGCAGAAAGAGUUAGUGGUGUAACUACAGAAGGAGGAAAUGGAACAUGGUUUGUAGAUAGUGCAAAGACGUUAAACCUGAAUGGGGCGGUGAACACACCGGGUGUAUUGGAGCUUGGGGACACUCAACAGUUGAUGCGGGAAAAGGAGGUUUUGACAUCUAAUGGUUCAGCAAAUAAGGAAGAGGAGAGUUUGGCAACUAAUGGUGCUGUAGGAACAGGUAGAGAUGCCUCUCGCAAGGUUAGUGUAGACCCUACUGAGGAAGAAGCAUGGGAGCUACUGCGGGAUUCUGUAGUUCAUUAUUGUGGCAGUCCAAUUGGAACGAUUGCUGCCAAUGAUCCCACCAGUUCCAGUGUGUUGAAUUAUGACCAGGUCUUCAUUAGAGACUUCAUACCUUCUGGUAUUGCUUUUCUUUUGAAGGGAGAAUAUGAUAUUGUCCGGAACUUCCUCCUUCAUACGCUUCAGUUGCAGAGUUGGGAGAAAACAAUGGACUGUCACAGUCCUGGACAGGGAUUAAUGCCUGCUAGUUUCAAGGUGCGCACUUUUCCUUUGGAUGGUGAUGAUUCUGCAACAGAGGAGGUAUUGGAUCCUGACUUUGGAGAGGCAGCAAUUGGCCGUGUUGCACCAGUUGAUUCUGGAUUAUGGUGGAUUAUCUUGUUACGUGCAUAUGGGAAAUGCUCUGGUGAUCUCUCAGUUCAGGAGAGGAUCGAUGUGCAAACUGGAAUUAAGAUGAUUCUGAGGUUAUGUCUUGCUGAUGGUUUUGACAUGUUCCCAACAUUGUUGGUGACAGAUGGUUCUUGCAUGAUAGAUCGCAGAAUGGGAAUUCAUGGGCACCCUCUAGAAAUCCAGGCACUCUUUUAUUCCGCCUUACUUUGUGCAAAGGAGAUGCUCGCCCCAGAGGAUGGAUCAGCUGAUCUCUUACGAGCUUUGAACAAUCGUCUAGUAGCUCUGUCGUUCCAUAUCAGAGAGUAUUACUGGAUCGAUUUAAGAAAAUUAAAUGAAAUUUACCGUUACAAGACUGAAGAGUACUCUUAUGAUGCAGUUAAUAAGUUCAACAUUUACCCAGAUCAGGUUUCUCCUUGGUUGGUGGAAUGGAUGCCCAACCAAGGAGGCUACCUUAUUGGAAACUUGCAACCAGCUCAUAUGGAUUUCCGAUUCUUUUCUCUUGGAAACAUAUGGUCUGUUGUAAGUGGUCUUGCAACAAGAGAUCAGUCAAAUGCGAUAUUGGAUCUCAUUGAAGCCAAGUGGUCAGAUUUGGUAGCAGACAUGCCAUUGAAGAUUUGCUAUCCAGCUCUUGAAGGUCAGGAGUGGCAAAUUAUCACUGGAAGUGAUCCUAAGAACACGCCUUGGUCUUACCACAAUGCAGGUUCCUGGCCAACUCUUCUGUGGCAGCUGACAGUUGCAUGCAUAAAGAUGAAUAGACCAGAAAUAGCAGCAAGAGCAGUCGAUAUUGCUGAGAAACGCAUAUCAAGAGACAAAUGGCCUGAAUAUUAUGACACCAAAAAGGCAAGGUUCAUUGGAAAACAAGCACGCCUGUUCCAGACAUGGUCCAUUGCUGGAUACCUUGUGGCUAAGCUCUUGCUUGCAGACCCAAGUGCAGCCAGGAUGCUCGUAACUGAUGAAGAUCCUGAGCUUGUCAAUGCCUUCUCCUGCAUGAUCAGUUCUAAUCCAAGGAGAAAGCGUGGUCAGAAGAAUUCGAAAAAGCCAUUCAUAGUAUGAAUUACCGAGCUGUCUCUGCAAAAUCGGGGUAUUGUUCUCUUGAUUCGAGAACUAAUCAUCCAGGUGCCUGCUAGUAAUUAUACUGAAUUUGCUUUUACAAAGUUCAGUAAAAGUAAUCAAUCUAAUUCAUUUGUAUGAAUAAGGUGAAAUUUCAAUCCCACCUUAUUUAUGUAUGGAUAGUAUUGAUCUGUAAAAACCAUGUAAAUAAAGAUGGAGUUGUUAGAGGAUGAUACCUGGAACAUCCUUGAUGUGGAUGAACUCUGGUGAUUCAAUUUGCUUAACUUCUACAGUAAUUUUGUUUUCUUGAGAAACUGAAAGACAAUCAGAAACACAUAUUGAAGUUUAAUUGUA